AUGGAAAUGGUUCAAGGAGCAUUAGAUGGAACAUAUAUAGAUGUGACUGUCCCUGAAGAAGAUAAAUCAAGAUACAUAACAAGAAAGGGUAAAAUAUCAACCAACGUCCUAGGCGUAUGCAAUCGAGAUAUGAAUUUUGUGUACGUACUUAGUGGAUGGGAAGGAUCAGCAUCAGAUUCAAGAGUCCUUAGAGAUGCAAUUUCACGUCGUAAUAGCCUCAAGAUACCAAUUGAGAAUUAUUAUUUAGUGGAUGCUGGUUAUACUAAUUGCAAAGGGUUUCUAGCACCAUAUAGACAUAUUCGAUACCACGUACAAGAAUGGGCCUAUGGUAGAAAUGUGCCUAGAAACUUUCGAGAAUAUUUUAACAAGAAGCACUCUUCAGCUAGGAACAUUAUUGAGCGUUGUUUUGGUUUACUGAAAAAGAGAUGGGGAAUUUUGAGGAGUCCUUGUUUCUACCAAAUCAAGACACAAAAUAGAAUAAUUAUUACUUGUUGUUUAUUACAAAAUUUUAUUCGGCUUAAUAUGGACUCCGAUCCUGAGGAGGACAUAUUACUUGAGAAUGAGCAAGUGCUUAUUGGAGAGGAGCAUGGUGAUAACCAAGAUGGCGACGAUGAAAUGAUUGACAGUGUAGAGGGCAGCAACGAAUGGACUGUUUGGCGAGACAACUUAGCACAUGAAAUGUACAAUGAGUGGAUGCAUAGCCGAAUCAAUUAG